AUGGCACAGCCCAGUGAUGAACGGCCACCACCAGCCCUGGUGCGGCGAUAUGAUGUGGAACGAUCGUGUGUCCGUUGCCAUGAGCGCAAGGUCCGCUGCGACAAAGCCACGCCCUGCUCAAUGUGUGUCCGAGCCAGGGUUCCGUGUCGCUAUCCCGGCCCCGAGCGGAUGAAGCGCCGCUCCCAGAGGCUGUCAACCGCCAGGGUUGGGCCUCGCUUGGAGAUGCUGGGGCGAGGCGUGGCAACGAUCAACGAGAAAGAGUGUUUGGAGAUCAACACCUGUGAGCAUGACCUGAGCAAGUCGGAAGGUCCCACCCUGGGGGCGGCGGAUGUCACCGAUCGGGCCGAUCGGUCGGUGACACCCACCAACGGCUUGCUGGUCAAGGAAGGUGCCUCUGCACGAUAUAUCAACGAGUCUCUCUUGUCCCGAGUCCUGGAGAAGGAGUGCGACCUGCAAUCGGCUAUAGACGCCCCUGCCAACCCGACCGAUCGCGGGGAUCAGACCCAGGGGACUGAUGGAUUUGACGGCCUUCUUUCAAACCCUCUUCUGACCAAGCAAAUCUCCAAUCUGCACCCUUCUCGAUGGCAAGCGGCGCAGCUGUGGCAAGUAUAUUUGAACAAUGUGGAUGCACUCUUGAAGCUGCUGCACGUCCCGACCACCCAGCCUCUCGUCUUUGCUGCCAUCAACAGCCCAGGGCAGGCGCCAGCGAAUCACACGGCCCUCUUGUUUGCUGUCUACUUCGCCGCGGUGACGAGCCUUUCAUCACCUGGUACUCAAGUUAUCCUCGGAGAGGAUCGGCAGUCCGCGCUCUGUAAGUACCAGCGAGGCCUAGAGGUGUCGCUGCAUGCGGCUUCGUUUCUGGAUUCUCCCACGAUCAUAUCUUUGCAGGCGAUAUCAAUCUAUCUAUUGUGCCGUCGCAAUCAUAGCGGGGGCCGAUCCCGCUGGGUUUUGAACGGCCUGGUGAUCCGGGCGGCACAAUCGAUCGGCCUGCACCGAGAUGGAGGACAGUUCCAUCUUGGCGCCUUGGAUUGUGAGAUUCGUCGUCGGCUCUGGUGGGCGAUUCAGGGCUUUGAUACGCGUGUGGCUGAGGAUCACGGGUUCUCCACUAACACCGAUGACUUGAGAAUCUCUGGUGACACGGAGUUGCCUCUCAAUGUCGAUGAUCGCGACCUGGAUCCCGAAAUGAACGAAGCACCAGCCUGCCGACCAGCCUGGACCGAAAUGACUAUGUUUUUGGUCACUGUGGAAAUGAACCAGGCGAUGCGACGGAUCUCUCAGGAGUGCACGGCUAUGCCCACACGACCAGCAAGCGAGCGCAUGGCCUGGUUAGAGCAAUUAGUGGAAACCGUCAAAACCCGCCUACACGCACGAUACCUGCAAUACUGCGACGCCAACAUUCCGAUUCAGAAGUCCGCUCUUUUGUUAGGACGGGUCUGUCUUGGGAAACUGGAGGUUUUUGUCCGGCAGCAAGACCCCCGAGGGCUCAGCGCCGAGGGUUCUAAUUCAACAGUGCCCAUUGCAGAUCAAACGCUGGCAUUGGCCUGUGAUACGAUUGAGAUUGGGAAUGAAUUGAAGACCGAUGAACUCCUGAGCAACUUCCGGUGGCUGUUCUGCACCUAUACUCAGUACCACCUCCUCACCUACUCGCUUUGGCAUUUGUGUAUCCGCCCGCAGACCCCGAGCGCCGAGCGGGCUUGGGCCGUGGUGAACACGUCUUUUGGCCUGGUCGAGAGCUGGCCCAGCCCCGGUCGAAAAUGGAACGUCCUGCGCAAACUGCGCGAGAAGGCGCUCCAGAUCCGUUCUGCCUGCUGCCUGCCGCCAACCCAGAUGUCUCAUGAGUUAGCCAUGCCCGAGCCGCUGGCGGGUAUGAUAGGGGACCAUGAUGCGGCAGACCUAUUCGGGGGGAUGACGGAAGGCUUCUUCGACGAUGAAAUCCUUUCGUAUUUGGAUCCGGUACUACUUCCCGGAUUAGGAUCGGGGGGGUUACCGCGCAGCCUUUGA